AUGCGGUCGACCUCAGGACUGGCGCGCGCGAUCACGAGCGUGGAAACGAGUCAUCUCUCGGGCGCUGUCGAGAAACCGAGGGACGAUGCGCGGCCGCGCACGGUGGGACGUCGUCAAUGCGGCGAAAUCGUGGGUCGUUGUCUCUGCGCGCGAUUUCGUCACCCUCGAGCGCCCUCGCGCGUCUCCGUUGCGGCUUUCGACCCGUCGACCGCGAUUGAUAUGGUGAAGGCAUUCGCUAUGAAGCCAUCGCCGGGAUUGACGGCCGCCACGGUGGCGAACACAUCGGUGUUCAUCGGUGGAUUCAGCGUGCUUCGACUUGGAUUGACGCUCGCGGGUGUCGCGCACUCGUGGUUCCUGGGCACGGUUGUCAUGGCGGCGUUUGGGCUCGGCGGGUACGUUCUUGUGUGCGCGUACUUCAUCGUUGGCAGCGCGGUGACCAAAGUUCGACUGAAGCAGAAGCAAGCGGAGGGAAUUGCGGAGGCAAGAGGGGGACUACGGGGACCAGGGAGUGUGUGGGGAAGUGGGGCGGCGGGUAUCUUGUGUGCUAUCGCCGCCGUGUCUGGGCUGACACCAGUGUCAGCUGACCUGUGGCAGCUUGGAUUUGUCGCCAGCUUUUGUAGCAAACUUAGCGACACCACUGCUAGUGAGAUCGGUAAGGCGUACGGCAAAACGACGUAUAUGAGCACUCCACCGUUCAAACUCGUUCCCAGAGGCACGGAGGGGGCCGUGAGCGUGGAAGGUACGCUUGCUGGGAUUGGGAUGUCGGGUCUUUUUGCGGCGCUGAGCGUUGUCGUCGGUCAGCUCCCCAACAUCGGGUCGGUAGGCGUGUGCAUUUUUGCAGCUUUCGUCGCGAACACGUUCGAGAGCAUGCUCGGAGCCGCGGUACAAGGAAAAGAAGGGUACGAUUGGCUCACGAAUGACAUCGUGAACGGAAUACAGAUCACUGUCGCCGCGUUUGUCGCGAUAGCGAUAGGAUCGAUUGCUCGACUGUAA